GUGCAAGUUCAAAAUUAAAAAAACUCCCAGCUAGCAACACAAGACUCUCCCUUUCUCUUACUAGCUAGGCUAGCUAUCAUGGGUGUCUUUGCUUUCAGUGACGAGUUCACCUCCCCAGUCCCCCCUGCAAGAUUAUUCAAGGCUUUGAUUCUUGACUUUGGAAACCUCCUCCCAAAACUCUUGCCACAGCUUAUUAAGAGCGUUGAAUUCACCCAAGGCAAUGGAGAGGCUGGCAGCAUCAGGCAGAUCAGCUUUCAAGAUGGUAUUGGUCUUAGGUCUGUUACGAACCGAGUUGAAGCUGUUGACCCAGAAAAUUUCUCUUACUCGUACAGUUUGAUUGAAGGUGAAGGAUUAUUGGAUAAGAUGGAAACCGUUGUUUAUGAGGUACAAUUUGUGCCUGGUCCUGAUGGUGGUAGCAUAAAUAAAAUGAAAAGUACCUAUCACACCAAGGGUGAUAUUGUGCUUACCGAAGAGGAGGUUAAGGAAGGCAAAGAGAAGGCACUGGGAAUGUACAAAGCUGUGGAAGCUUACCUCCUUCAAAACCCUGAAGCCUAUGCUUAAUUAAGUGCUUUUGCACUUUUAUUAUAUAUAUCUCACUAGCUAUAUCCUUAAUGAUACUGUACGUGUUUAAGUUAGGCUAUGGCUUUGGCUCGGCCUGGCUUGGCUAUGGUGGCCAUAAUUUGGGUGGGUAGUGUUAAAAACAUAAAAUAAGGAUUUGAUAAUCAUCAUUCACUUGUGAUUUUAUUGUAAUGUUCCUUCCGAUAGAGUUCUCCUUCUGGUCUGGUUUCUUUGUUGUAAAUUAAGAACCAUAUGUUGAGAUUGGAAAAUAAAAAUAAAAAUAAAAAUAUAUGACUGUUCGAAUAA